AUCUUUUCCACAAUUGGAAUAUGUUCUCUGUUGAAUUUAUUGAACUCUUUCACUGUGAUGAGAUUGGAUUUCACGAGAAAGGAGUUCAUCGACUCAUCACUUUUUCAGGCAAGGAACUUGUCUUAAACUUCUAAGAAUAUUUCUUUAUGAAAAGUCAAGGAUAAAGAUUUCAUCAAUAGAUCAACGUUUUCUUGCACCUAGGUUGUAAUUUCAAAAUAAUCGCAAUUUCAUGGCUAUUGCCGCUUCCAGUAGGAAGUAUGCUCUGAUGGGACCUGGAUGAUAGCCAAACAGAACAAGGGGCGCACAAACGAAACCACAGGAGCAGAAGAAGGAAGAUGUUUUGUUUCAUGGGAGAAAAGUAAAUUUACAUCUUAGUGUCCAUUUCUUCCUCUUGAAACUGUUUAAACUAUUAAAAUUCUUAUCAACUUUGAAAAAAAUUGAUGCAACGAUGAUCGCUUUCAAUGUGACUAAGGAGACAUCCUUGGAAACUAUAAGGGAGAACUACGUAGUGACAGCACCCAGUCCAGAGCUCACAACCCCCGCUGUGAUAGAAAGAGAAGUCGUGGCCAUGGGCUAUAUUCUUAGUGCGGGAUCCAUUUUGAUCAUCUCCACCAACCUUUUAGUCGUUAUUGCCCUGGUCCUCCUCAUCCGUAAGAGGGGCUGCCAGAGCUGGUGUUUUGUCUUAAACCUAUCCAUAGCGGACAUCCUGGUUGGCGUAGCUAUCACUGGCAUUGCCACUGAUGCUCUCGAAGGAACGACGGCCUCCAUGGAGAAGGGCAUUUGUUUGUUGCGCAUGACCUUUAUCAUGGCACCCUCUGCAGCCUCCAUCUUAACCAUGUUCUUGAUCUCACUGGACCGCUACGUAGCUAUAAAGUUGCCACUGCGCUAUUCGAAGUUAAUGAACGGUAAGAUGAUUGCUGGGGCUCUGGUUCCCGUCUGGCUCAUCUCAAUAACUAUGGGAUUUUCACCCAGCAUUUUGAAACCGUUGCAGAAGGAAGGCUAUCACAAAGUCUGCACGUUCUUCUCCGUCAUAGAGCCAAAGAGCAUCAUUGUGGUCUUGUGCCUUUUUUUCUUUCCAUUACUCUCAGUCUUCAUCUAUUUUUACAUGGACAUCCUGAAAAUUGCCUGUGGCCAUCAGAAGCGCAUCCAUGCCCAGCAAGCAGGUUCACGCUUUCUGACGUCUAGCCGUUACUGGGGUCACGUAAAAGCCCUGCGGACUGUUGCCGUGCUGAUUGGUUGCUUCACGCUCUGCUGGUGCCCCUUUUUUGUGGUCAGUAUUGUGCAGGCAUUAUGUCCAACCUGUGAACUUUAUGACUUUUUGGAGAACCAUCUCUGGCUGCUGGGGCUCUCAAACUCCCUAAUAAAUCCUCUUGUUUAUGCUUGCUGGCAGCGGGAGGUGAGAAGCCAGAUCUGUGAGAUCUUCGCUCAUAUUAAAGUCGGGUUGUGUUGUGUGACACACUCUGAGACGGCAGAAAGAUGCCCCACAGACCACCCGACUGUCAAUCAGGCUGUAAGGUUUCAUGACAAGAUGCUAGCCACCCCAUUCAAUUACAAUAGGCCUGUCACAAUUCCUGAACAACAUCCAGAAAAUAUUUCCAAUAGAUAGGAUAUUCUUUUAGUCCACUGACCAUGAAACUGUAAAAGGUUUAGAAAAAUGCUACAUCCCUUAAUGGAUGUGGAGCCCAGAGUAUCAGA